CAUUUUUAAGAUGAAAUUUGGCCACACUUUAAAAACGUCAUUAAAUCCUGAAUGGACAUCGUUUUAUUUGGACUACGACGCACUAAAAUUAAUAUUAAAAAAGAAACUUCCCAAUGUCGAAUGGAAAGAAGAAGAUGAAUCGCGAUUCGUUGAAAAACUUGAAAAAGAAUUGGCAAAGGUCUACAACUUUCAGCGGGUCAAGCUGUCUGAAAUUACACGACAUAUUCAGGAAGAGUCCAUACAGGUGGAUGAUUUAUGUAACAAAGAACACCCCGAGGAAGAUGAUUUUACUGCCUGUGAAAUAGAACUAAGCCGUAUUAUCGCUGAUGUUCACGACUUGGCUAAAUUUACUCGUUUAAAUUAUACCGGCUUUUUAAAAAUUAUAAAAAAGCAUGAUAAAGUGACGAAUUGGAUUAUCAAACCCAUGUUUAGUGUACGUCUAAACGCUAAACCCUUUUACAAAGAAAACUAUGAAGCCUUAAUUAUUCGUAUUUCUACUUUGUAUGAUCGUGUCAGAACAAGAGGCAAAGAACGUGGUGGUGAUUCUGGUGCUGGUGGAAAACAAUCUGCAUUUGUCAGAAAUACAACAAAAUACUGGGUACAUCCGGAUAAUAUCACUGAGUUAAAGCUGAUAAUUCUCAAGCAUUUACCUGUUCUUGUAUUUAAUCCUAACAAAGAAUUUGAAGCUCAAGACUCUGCAAUCAGUAGUGUCUAUUAUGACAAUGAUGAUUUCGAACUCUAUAUGGGUCGUUUAGAAAAGACAGAAGGAGCCGAAGCAAUCCGUAUGAGAUGGUAUGGAGGUAUGGAUACAAACACCAUCUUUGUUGAGCGUAAAACACAUCAUGAAGAUUGGACAGGAGAGAAAUCUGUCAAGGCAAGAUUUCCAAUCAAGGAGAAGUAUUUAAAUUCUUUUUUAAAGGGUCAAUAUACCACUGAAGAACUGUUUGCCAAAGCAAAAGAUCAAGGUAAUAAAUCAGAAAAGGAAAUCGAAGAAAUGGAGCAGUUAGCUCAAGAGGUGCAAUACUCCGUCCUGAAACACAAAUAUCAUCCCGUUGUACGUACGUUUUACAAUCGUACUGCUUUCCAAUUGCCUGGUGAUGCUCGUGUACGUAUCAGUCUUGAUACUGAAUUGAGUUUAAUUCGUGAAGAUAAUGGUGACGGUGUGCAGCGCUGUGGUGAUAACUGGCGUAGGAUGGAUAUCGGUGUAGAUUAUCCUUUUAAGCAAUUACCGGACUCCGACAUCUGUCGUUUUCCUUAUGCUGUUCUAGAAGUAAAGCUUCAGACGCAAUUUGGACAAGAACCACCUCAGUGGAUCCUGGAGCUUGUCAAUUCGCAUCUUGUAGAAUCUGUACCAAAGUUCUCCAAAUUUAUUCACGGUUGCGCUACUCUGUUGGAGGAUAAAAUUAAUGUCUUGCCAUUUUGGCUACCUCAAAUGGAGAUUGAUAUAAGAAAGCCUGCAACAGGUGCAUUUGGCGUACAAAGACCUGAUGCUAUUCACAGCAGUUCUACAUCCUUUGAUUCUCUUCCUGGCGAUGGGUCCAAAUUAACAACUGACGACAGUGUACAGAUAACAAUGGCAGAGGCAACAGAACACACACCACUUUUACCACCCCGACCUAAGAAUAGUGAUCUCGAGGCAAAUCCAAGUGGUUCUGGUCUUUUAAAGAAACUGUCUCCUGCAGGUCUUCAGACCGUAUUUAAGAAGUCCAAAACGAUUUUUAAAAGAAGAAACUCCACACUUAAUGCACGUCCUGUUGAAUCCCGUUCGCGUAAUGUUGUACCUGUUGCUGCACCACCUGCUAAAACAUUUUUCGCAAACGAACGUACAUUUCUUUCCUGGCUUCGCUUUACGUUAUUAUUAGGUGCCUUAGCCAUAGGUUUAUUGAAUUUCUCUGACCAUGUUGGACGUGUGUCUGCAGUUAUUUUUACAUUACUAGCCUUGAUUGUUAUGAUAUAUGCAUUGUAUACCUAUCAUUUACGUGGAAACCGUAUCCAACGUAAAGAGCUUGGUGAUUUUUCGGACAAGUACGGCCCUGCUGUUCUUACUUUUUUCAUGGUUAUAGCUGUAUCAAUCAAUUUUUACCUCCGAAUCACAUCUGAAGGUUUAGAGUAAAGAAUAUUUUUUAUCAUUUUCCAAAAAUAAAGGAAUGCUUUUCAAUGUAACAAA